GAAGAGAUGGAGAUAUCGGGGACGGAGUUUGGGUGCCUUGUAAGGAUCCGACGGCAAGUCUCCUGAGGUGGUGAAUUGAAGCCAUAGGAACACGAUGGGGGCCGAGCAAAGUGGUGAUUCUGAGCACAAGCACUCUGACUACAGCACCUCAGUGGUGCCCUCACCAGCAAAGCCGAAGGCUAAAUUGGAUGACAUUGUGGUGGUGGCCCAGGGGACACAGUCAUUGCGCAACAUCCAUAAUGACCCUGAUGUCAUUAAGCUUCGUGAAAUCCCAACUUUUCAGCCAUUGUUGAAUGGUGUGCUGAGUGGCCAGACAUCCCCCAGCAGUGUGUGUCGGGAGCGGCUGGACUAUGCCCAGGUGCUGCAGCUGUGCAUCCGCUACCAGGACCACCUACACCAGCGUUCUGAGGCCGUGGCCUUCGACCAGAACACCCUGUUCAAGGGGAUCAAAGAGAUGGACAUAUCGGUGGAGACUUUGUUCAGCAUCAUGCAGGACCGUCAGAAGCGCUACGCCAAGUACGCUGAGCAGAUCCAGAAGGUGAACGAGAUGUCCAUGAUCUUGCGGCGUAUCCAGAUGGGCAUCGACCAGACCAUCCCUCUGAUGGAGAGGCUCAACAACCUGCUGCCGGAGAGCGAACGCCUGGAGCCCUUCAGCAUGAGGCCGGAGGGGGACGCUGCAGCCAAGUAAUAGUAGUAGUAGUAGCAGCAGCAGCAUUGCCGGGGUACGCUGAUACACUCACUGUCAUGGACCUCUAGUCUUACCUCCCAUGCCCCUGUCAAUCACCACUCCAGAGAGACUUCUGAAAGCUCUUUAUUGAACCAUUUAGAGAAAGAGAGAGAGAGCGGGAGGGAGUGAGUAAAAUAAAGAAUGCUGCCCCACCAGCUCCCCAAGCCAUCCUGAACCCUUCACGUCCACAACUCGCCAUCCCACCAGGCCUUGACAUUUAGCUCAGCCCCUCACCAUAAGCCAUAAACACUUCCCACCCCAUCCAGCAGAAGCAGUGGGGUACAGGGACAGCUGCACCCCACACUGGGGUUUACAUGUCAGUGAGUGUUAACCAUCUUCAGUCACUGAAUUGGAAGACUGCAAAACAGAAGUUUACAUGAUGAUGCACUGAAGGGAACCUUCUUGGACUACUGGUAGUUUGAAGACACCACACAAAGUGACUUCCAAAAAUGACUUCAUCUCUAGAAGUAAUAUUGGUCAAAGAUGAGCUCAGAAGACUCCCAUAAAAGGAACUAACUUAUUAGCUAAUACGCUUUAGCUUAUUAUUCAGCUCUUGCAACAGACCUAUAGAUUCUGUGUUGCACUGUGCAGCAUGUGAGAAACCUAGUAGUUUCAAAUGUGGCAUAUUGUGCAAAUUAGGCCUACACAUAGCUACAGCUUUGUGGAAGAUAAUCUAUGGAUAUCACUUCAAACCAUCGAUAGUAAUCUGCUUGAAUUUUGUUAAAGGUAUGAGUGUUAGAUGCUUGAAUAUUUUGGUUUCUCUGAGAGUUUCAAAUGGUUUACAUAACAAAGAUGUGUAUUUAGGAAAGGAAUUUGAAUAAUUUGAAUUUCUUGCAAAAUGUAUAAAGGUGCUUAUACUGUUCUGUUUAGAUACUUGCCCUCUCAAUUGGAUGUGAUGUUUGGUUAUAGGAUUUUGACAUUUGGUGUUAUCACAUAGUCAGGUCCAAAUGUAUUGGCACCCUUGAUAAAUUGCUCGGAGAAAGAGAUUUUGUCAGUACUCUAGCACCCUCCCCUUGCGAGGAUAACGGCACUGAGCCUUUUUGUCAAUUUUCUUUACGAGAUUGAAGAACACAUUUGGAGAGAUCUUAAACCUUUUCUCCAUAAAGAAUCGUUCCAGAUCCUUGAUAUGCUUCAUCUGCUUUUAUGGACUUCCCUCUUCAAUUCAAACAACAGAUUUUCAAUAGGGUUCAAGUCCGGAGACAGAGUUUUGUUUUCAAUAAAAAUAUAUAUAUAAAAAAUGGUG